AUGUCUGAAGCAAUACAGCCGCCAGAGCUGUCCUGGGGUUGCAUUGCGCACCGUGCAUGUCAGAACUUGCUCGCGGGGUCUGCACAUGUGAGUCCAGAUGUGGCGGAAUUUCUGCUGUUCGAUCAAAAAGCAAAGCAGCUUUGGCUUUGUCGAUACUUGGGGCACUUGCCCUCUUGCAAAACGCACGCCCUUGCUUCUCCAGAAGAGGCCGCUUUGCAGAACCCACGACAACUGCAGUUGUGUCCGCGGCGCCCUUUCUUUGCAUCCCUGGAAAUUUCUGGUGGCCGUGCCAGGGCUGCUGUUUGGAGGAUUACAGGGGCCAUUGGUGGUUCGCAAGCCUAUUGCGCAGCGCCGGCCAUCUCAGGUGCGGAGUCUGCACGGGCCAUAGGUUGGGCCUCAAAUGAGACUCGGGUGAGCACGAAACCAGACACUGCCGUUCUGUGCGUCCUGCUUUCCGCGCAAGUGCUUCUGGUUUCUGUUGCAGAAGGCCCCCAAGGCCUUGUUGUGGAGCGGUGCCUUCGGCUGGACACCGGAUUUCCAACUGCCUGUUUCGCUUGGUCGAAGGAUGGGUCCCAGCUACUGGUCGGUGGUGCUGGGCAAAUUCUUUGCUUUGCUUGGACCAAGAAUAAAGGGCACGAAAAGACCGGAAGCCCAGAGCAUCCGCUGUCCAGACACUUCUUGUGCAAUGGCGGUUGCGUGGAGAUUCAUGCCGUGCACUCCACCGGCUUUCUAUGCCGGGUAGACCAGAAAGUCCAAGAAACGCAGAUCUCAGCUUUGAUGUUGCCAGGAGGUUGCACUGCACCUGUCCUCCAGCAGCCUUUAGUGCAAGAGGUGGGCGAGUCAAAUGUGAUCGACUUGCGGGAGGAUGGGCUCUGUUCGGCGCCCGCAGACCGGCGAAAUCCGGCGGAGUCCGGCCUACAGAUUGUGCCCGGUCAUCGCUGCCUACUGCCACUCUGCUGCCCUGACCAAGCCCGGCCGGUCCAAGACGCAGGCUUGCCACGCUUGCAGUGCGGGAGGGAGCUGAAGGUGGAGGGCGAGUUCGUUGCGGUUGCCGACGGCUCUGGGAAGGCCUGCGUCAUCGUCGGGUCCUUCCGGCAUGCUGAGAUCUCGGUCUUCAGCUUGGCACCACCUCAGAGCUGGAAGCAGGCAGGUGACGGAGGUGACGGGGACAGCGAGUGGUGCCAGUUGACGAGCGUGGACCUGUCACCACCCUCGGCAUCCAUGCGCCUUUCAGGCCUGGCACUUUGGGGCUUAGAAGUGCAUGCCCUCCUCUCCGAGCCCAGCGAGGGCAUACUCGGCGCCUCCAUCGCGCGGGAGCUUUGUCACAGGUCUCAAAAGCUGGGCGACCACUUCGCCAGUCAAGAAGCUGACGCAUCGGAGUCAUCGGAGAACCCGAAGUCGCGGGACCAGGCCUUGGUGAGGAUUGCAGACGACGUAGCUGGCAUGCGCCAGGAGAUGCAAAGCUUGCGAGAGUGCUUUGUGGAGUUCAGUCACGACUUCAAGCGCCUGACUUCUGCUCUGGAGAUCUUGGCGAAGAGGUGA